CAUCGUCUCCUCUCUGAGUACUCUAAUUUCUUUUCUCCGGCUGCUUCAACAAGCUUCACACAGAAUUUCUCAUCCAGAAAAGAGAAGAAAAUGGCAAAAUCACUAGAGCAGGAGCACCCCACCAAGGCCUUUGGAUGGGCAGCCUCUGACCCAUCUGGCGUCCUCUCCCCCUUAAAAUUCUCCAGAAGGGCAACCGGGGAAAAGGACGUAAGGUUCAAGGUGCUCUACUGUGGAAUAUGUCACUCCGAUCUACACAUGCUCAAGAAUGAAUGGGGCUUUUCCACCUACCCUCUUGUUCCUGGGCAUGAGAUUGUAGGCAUCGUGACAGAGGUUGGAAGCAAGGUGGAAAAGUUUAAAGUAGGAGAUAAAGUUGGUGUUGGGUGUAUGGUUGGAGCUUGCCACUCUUGUGAUAAUUGUGCUAAUGAUCUAGAGAAUUACUGCCCCAAAAAUAUAUUAACCUAUGGUGCCACUUACUAUGAUGGAACCACCACAUAUGGAGGCUACUCGGAUGUCAUGGUUGCUGAGGAGCGCUAUGUGGUUCGAUUCCCGGACAACCUCCCUCUUGAUGCCGGUGCUCCUCUCCUAUGUGCUGGGAUCACAGUGUACAGCCCCUUGCAACAUUUUGGAUUCACCAAACCUGGAAUGCACAUAGGUGUGGUUGGCCUAGGUGGGCUGGGACAUGUAGCAGUGAAGUUUGCUAAGGCUUUUGGGGUUAAGGUGACAGUGAUCAGUACUUCCCCUAGCAAGAAGAAGGAAGCCACAGAACACCUUGGUGCUGACUCCUUUCUAGUCAGCCGCGACCCGGAUCAGAUGCAGGCUGCCAUGGGCACAAUGGAUGGCAUCAUUGAUACAGUCUCUGCAGUUCACCCUCUUCUUCCUUUGAUUGGUUUGCUGAAAUCUCAUGGGAAGCUAGUUAUGGUUGGUGCACCAAAUAGACCACUUGAGCUGCCAAUCUUUCCUCUGCUUAUGGGGAGAAAGAUAGUGGCUGGAAGCAAUAUUGGAGGGAUGAAGGAGACACAGGAAAUGAUUGAUUUUGCGGGGAAACACAACAUAACUGCAGAUGUUGAGGUUGUUCCAAUGGACUAUGUAAACACUGCACUGGAGCGACUGGAGAAAGCCGAUGUCAGGUACCGCUUCGUGAUCGACAUUGGCAACACGCUGAAAGCUGCCUAGGACAAGGUAGCUAGCGUAAUAAUUUAGUCUCAUGAGCAAUUGACUUGCGGCCGGAUGAAGGUUGAAAUUGAGUGGUUUCAGUUCGCUUAAUUCAAUUGUGUACUUUUCUGUAUGGUAUUGUACCCUAUCUAUAUAUUAUUAAAGAUAUAUAGAUUUUGAAAGUGAAA